AUGUCCCUCCUCACAGGGGACCAACCCCAGCCAUGCAGGCUUCCGGAGCCCGGAACACACAUCUCAGGUCUGGGCUGUUACUCAGUGGGGAGUGUGGACUGUAGGGAGUCUAUGAAGGAGGACUACUUGGACAGUAUGGAGCCCGUUGUGUUUGGGGUGGUGGAGCUUCCGAGGCGGUCUCGGGGGAGGUUGCUGCUGCAUGGCAUGGUGAUGUUUGGAAGGGAAUUUUGCUAUGCGGUGGAGGCAGCCUUUGUCACGCCGGUGCUGCUUAGUGUCGGACUUCCUCAGAGCUUGUACAGCCUUGUGUGGCUGAUCAGCCCCAUCCUGGGCUUUCUGCUGCAACCCAUCAUCGGCUCGGCCAGCGACUACUGCAGGUCCCCGUGGGGCCGACGGAGGCCCUACAUCCUCGCACUGGGGAUUAUGAUGCUGAUGGGCCUUACCUUGUUUCUAAAUGGAGAUGCAGUCAUAUCAGCGUUAGUACAGGAUAGGUCAUUGAAGAGGAUAUGGGCCAUCGUCAUAGUCAUGUUUGGAGUGGUGCUAUUUGACUUCGCAGCAGACUUCAUCGAUGGGCCAGUCAAGGCCUACCUCUUUGACGUCUGCUCAUACACAGACAAGGAAAGAGGACUGCACUACCAUGCCCUUCUCACAGGGCUUGGGGGUGCCUUUGGGUACCUCGUGGGAGCCAUGGACUGGGGUCACUCGUCCCUGGGCCGACUGCUGGGGUCAGAGUACCAGGUCAUCUACUUCUUCUCUGCUCUGACCUGGAUGGUAUUCCUCAUCGUGCAUCUCUUCAGCAUCCCAGAGACACCCCUGGCCAAGGACAUUAGCUUGGACGUGUUGACCCCCAAUGCCCUCCUCCUCCUCAGCACACACAGCAGCAGUGGUGGCUAUGGAUCCUUGCAUGGAUCGAUGUCCCAAGAGUCGGAGGCAGACCUCCGUCCUCGUUCAUUCUCUGCCCUGGGGGAAGCCAAUUCCGUCACAUCCAGUGCCAAGCAACCCAACAAAGAGCAGAAGAGGAUGACUCUGAAGUCAUGUCUCCUGGCCAUGAUUAACAUGCCUAGUCAUUACCGCUGUCUCUGUGUCAGUCACCUGCUGGGUUGGACUGCCUUCCUCUGCAACAUGCUUUUCUUCACAGACUUCAUGGGACAGAUUGUGUAUAAGGGCAACCCAUAUGCGGACCAUAACUCCACAGCCUACGAGCGGUAUGAGAGGGGGGUGGAGAUUGGAUGCUGGGGUCUCUGCAUCAACGCCGUCUCCUCUGCUCUUUACUCCUAUGUCCAGAGGCUGCUGCUGCCCUACAUCGGUCUGAAGGGGCUCUACUUCGUAGGAUACUUUGUGUUUGGUCUGGGCACCAGUCUUAUCGGCCUGUUCCCCAACAUUAUCACCACCCUCAUCCUGUGCAGUGUCUUCGGAGUCAUGUCCAGCACCUUGUACACCAUCCCCUUCAACCUCAUCUCAGAGUACCACCGCGAGGAGGAGUUGCAGAGGAAGAUGGGGAAAGGGAGUCCUGCAGGACAGGAUCGAGGCACCGGCGUGGAUUGUGCAGCGCUCACGUGUAUGGUGCAGCUGGCUCAGAUCAUCGUGGGGGUGGGACUGGGGGCAUUGGUUAACAUGGCAGGAAGUGUGAUUGUGGUGGUCCUGUCAGCGUCGACAAUGUCUCUAAUUGGCUGUCUGUUCAUUGCCCUCUUCAUCAAAUACGCGGAAUAA